AUACCAAGAAGUAUUGGUACCAGCUGAUGCUUUUGUCGUAUUUAAACCCCAGUUACUCUGACUAGUCAACCCACUUUCAGAGUCACCUUUCUGAAGGGAAUGCCAUCUGGAUUUACUGCACUUGCAUAAUCUGGUACCUGCUGAUAAACAAGGACCAUGAGUGAGAAGACCCAGAAUUCCUUACUUACUGUUCUGCAGCAAUUGACCUGCCAUUUCACAUGGGAUUUACAGGAGAAAGAUAUCCCCCUCAAAGAUCUGGAAGAUAGAAUCUGUGAGCAGAUUGAGUUUCUCAUCACAAAAUCCAAAUUCACCAUAUACAAUCUCUUGGCUUAUGCCAAGCACUUAAAAGGCCAAAAUGAGGAAGCCUUGGAAAGCUUGAGAAAUGCAGAAGAGGAAAUUCAGAUGUAUUCCAAAGGAGAAGCUGAAACUCGACGUCUGGUUAUCUGGGGAAACCGUGCCUGGGUACAUUAUCACAUGGGCAAUCUUGCUGAAGCUCAGAACUACAUAGACAGGGUAGAGAGAAUGUGCAGCAAGCUUUCAAGCCCCUACCGCUACAAGGUGGAGCAGCCAGAAAUCUUCUGUGAAGAAGGGUGGGCGCUAUUAAAGCUUGGAGGGAAAUAUUAUGAAAGGGCUAAGGUGUGUUUUGAAAAGGCUCUGGAACAAGAACCCGACAACCCGGAGUUCAAUUCUGGCUUUGCCAUCUCAGUGUAUCGUCUAGAUGACAUAGACAGACAAGACCAUCCUAAAAAAUGUUUCUCCCUAGAGCCUCUGAGGCAGGCAGUCAAGCUGAAUCCAGGUGACCCAUACAUCAAAGUGCUUUUUGCCUUGAAGCUUCAGGAUGUAGACCAGGAAGCUGAAGGGGAAAAGUACAUCCAAGAGACCUUAGUUGAGCACUCAUCGUCACCUUACGUCCUCCGCUAUGCGGCUAAAUUCUACAGAAGGAAGGGCUGUGUCGAUACAUCUAUGGAACUUUUACGGAAGGCCUUGAAGAUUACGCCCAAGUCUGCAUUCCUGAACCAUCAGAUAGGGCUUUGCUACCGGGUAAAAAUGAUUGAAAUAAAGAAAGCCACAAAUAAGCCACAAGGAACAAAUAAAGAGAGGGUGGAGAAAUUAGGUAGAUCAGCCAUAUAUCACUAUUCACUGGCCAUAGAACAGAAACCAACAUUCAUAUGUGCAUGUAUAGACCUAGCCUUCUUGUACAUCGAGGGAGGUCAGUAUGAAAAAGCAGAAGCUGUUUAUCAGAAUGCUUGUCAACUGGAGAAAAUUACAGAUCUAGAAAAACAAAAAAUCAAUUUGCAAUACGGUCGCUUUCUACAGAGCUGCAAGAAAUCUGAAGACAGGGCCCUUACUCACUAUGUGAAAGGCUUAAAAGUAGAAAAGGAAUCACCUGCAAGAGAAAGCCUGAAGAAUGUGGUACAGAAAAUAGCCACAAAGCGACUGGAACAAAAUGCAUCAGAUUCGGAGAGUCUGGGUCUCCUUGCGUUCGUUCACCAGCUGAAGGGAGAAAGGAGGGAAGCAAUUGACUGCUACCAGAAAGCCUUGAAGCUGGAUCCUGCUAACGACGAAUACUCCAGUGCUUUGUGUCAGCUGCAGCUCAAAAUAUAAGCCUGGGCCUUUGCUUCAAUCAACCCACAUCCUGCAUAAAUACCCUCCUUAGUGUUUUUGUUUAAAUACAAGUGUGGUUAGUGUUAUCUUUCCAAUGAAUUAAACUCACAAUCUUUUCAUCUUUAGUGAUUAACAGCUCAGCAACAAGCUAGGCGCUCUCCUCCCCUGUUAACUUUUCUAGAGAUCUUGGUCAGUGACUCAUUCAUACCUCUUCCCCAUAGAGGAAAAUGGCAGCAUUAAAAGAGUUUAAGUAUUUUGGAAAAGA